GUUGCCAUGGUAAAGUCAAACAACUAUGUUUGUUUUACAUUUUAUUUUCAAAUAACUGAUUUUUAUAAAAGAGUUUGAAGAUGUCAUCUCCUUCACCAGUGCCAGUUUUUAAAGAAACUGAAGGAGAUGACAAAGAUUCUCUUUUUUCUUCAGAAAAAUCAGAAGCGAAAACUGAUGUAUCCGUAUCCUCCGAAUCAGAAGAAGAAGAAAAAGUGAUAGAAUAUUCCAGUGAAGAAUUAAACAGCUUCGUGUCGUACAUUAAAGAAUUGACUACUCUCCAUUUGUUAUCGCCCGAAGAUUGGACUGCAAAAUGCGAAACAAUGAUCAGUUACUGGUUGAUGGACACCAGCAAGCCACUCCUCUGCAUCUACUUUGAUGAGGACGACCUCGUUUGUGAUACUGAAGUACCGACGGGCCCCAUUCAAGACGACCUCAUGUACUUUUUGAGGCAGCCCAACUACAGAUUCGAAGUCGACACUUUCUACGACAACAUCAUUUUCGGCACCGUCGACUACAACAUUGAGGGGACGAUGCUGGAAAUUGUUAGAGAUGUCUAUGCUCCUUUGCUACUAUCAUCCCAAAAUUGGCCAGACAGUGUGAAGAACGAGUUCUGCAACAACCUGCAGAUUUUCCUCUCGAAAUUAACCGACCUCCACUACAAGCUGUCUGGACUCACCGUCUUGUACGUUCCCAGCGAGGUGUUGAGCAUCCCUCUUGCUGGCGCUUCGAACGAUAAAGAGUUGGUGAAGAGACUGGAGGGAAUCGUCGUUUUCUGGACGAAGCAAGUGCGAGUCGGUUUGCAAGAUCAAGACCAAAACACUCCAGACGAUUUGCUGUGCCCCAAGGACGAAUACGAGUUUUGGAAAUACCGAUACGAAAAUCUGCUGGGCUUGAACUACCAACUCGAGAACGAAGGCAUAAAGCACAUCUGCAACAUUUUGACGUCGAUCCAGUCCACGUACGUGCGACAAUUUCGUGUGCUCGCUGACGAAAUAACGAAAAACGUAGCCGAAUCCAAGUCGAACAUCGAAUAUCUAAACGUCCUGGUAGCGCCUUGCGAAGAAUUGUCGGCUGCCAAGUCUCCCGAUGAAUUCAAGAAGAUGGUUCCGAAAAUUUUCCAUCUUAUUCGGCACAUCUGGAUGAACAGCCCCUAUUACAACACGACAGAUAAAAUCACGCAGCUGUGCAGGGCGCUCAGCAACCAAAUCAUAUUGCAGUGCAGAGGUUAUAUCGACUUGGACGUUGUGUUUGUGAAGAAGCACACGAAGAAGGCCAUCAAAAUGUUCGAAACCUGCAUAGACGCCAUAACGGAGUACAUCAAGACGUACGUGUUCAUAUCUAAUAGUCACGACCAGUUUGGGGAGAGACCGUGGGAUUUGGAUCUGGCUCCGAUAUUCAACCACGUCGAUUCGUUUAUGCAACGCUGCAAAGAUAUGAUCGAGAUUUGCGAGGCGAUGGUAGUUUUUGGACGUUUCGACGAAACCGAGAAAAUACCCAAACCAAGGUUUGGCGGUUCGAAGGGACCUGAGUUUGAAAAAUGGGCGGAACGGGUUGAGAAAAUGUUUAGAGAAAGCUUGGCAGAUAUCGAAAGGGUGAAGCAAAGAAUACUCGAUGUUCAAAUCGCCGAUUGGUACGACGACAUUUUGAAAUUCAAAACGAGGAUGAAAGACGUGGAAGUAGUGGUGGAAAACUUGACCAAUGCGGUUUUUGAUAGCGUCGCGAAUAUUGAAGAAGGUAUCGAAUCCCUGGCUGCUCUCCACAACUUUACCAAGAGGAGAACCCUGGUUUCUCUGAUCAAGGGGAAAACUUUACUGGUGUACAAGAUGUUCAGGCAGGCGAUAUUGGACGCAAAGCAGGAUAUGCAGACAGAGGCUGAAGUUUAUCCUACUCUGAUGUCAUAUUUUUCAGGAAGAGCGCAUAUGAUAAACAUGAAGAAGAACAUGUUGCAAAACUUGAAACAGAUGUUUGAUGAUGCCGGUUGGAUGAUGCCUUGUAGUAUUUCGAGAGAAGUUUUCGCGCAGUACGAAAAGUUGGUAUCGUCAGUGAACGAUCACAUUUUCAACCUCUUCCGAAAGUGGGUCGACAGCAUCGGAGAAGACAUAAACGCCAGAAUAAACAGACCGCUGAUGUGUAAAAGCUUAACGAAACCUGGACUUUUGGAAUGCAACAUCGACAGGUCUCUGUUGGAAAUCUUCCACGAGGCGAACUACUGGGAGUCUCUCAACUACGAAAUUCCCAUGUACGUUAAAUCUGUUUACCAGCGAGCGGAGUCUAUAAAGUUCGUCUACGAGUGUGUGUUGAACGUCGUACUAGAUUACAACAAAAUAAUUUCGUCCUUAUCAGACGAUGAACGGUUAUUGUUUAAACCGUUGAUUACGACGGUGGAGAAGAAAAUCUCGCCAGGUCUCAGCAAACUUACGUGGGGCACUGAUAUUGGAGAUGAAUAUAUAGCAGAUUGUAGCAAUAUUACCGCAGAGCUUCAAGCUUUCGUAGAUGACUACAAGAGUUGUAAUCUACAGAUUGUUUCGAUAUGCGAAAAAAUAUGCGAUACUCCCUUGAUCAACAUUCGUCCAAACUAUGCCUUCGAAAUUGAGGAGUUGGUCAGUGACUUGACAAGAAAUAUGCAAGAAGUCUUAUGUACGCUCAUCAGCUGGUACCAGGAGAUUAUACAGUUUGUUAUAUUGGUUUUUGAAGGUUUUGAAUCGAAUAUGGGGACUAUGGCGAACCAGUGGAUAAAAUAUAUUAAUAAUUUUGAUCGGCUCAUGGAAGAGGCGCUGAAAAUUUGUUGCAAGAAUUCUUUGGAGUUUAUGUACGAAGCUUUGCAUGGCGAUGGUACUACAGAACCUAAUCCACUGAUAAAACUAACUGCGAAUUUGACAGAUAAUAGGAUUAAAUUUAAACCAUCUCUGGUGGAAGUGGCUACGGUGAUUUCCAAUAUCCAUCAUAGCCUGGUUGAGGCCUUAACUGCUUUACCUAGACUCAAUGACAAGUUUCACGUGUCCGAUACAAGUUUCAAGCCUUACAGCGAGAUAAUAGCCGAAGAUUUGCAGUGUCAGCUUUUGCAGACGAAGCUGAAUCAAGAGGUGAGAGUGAAUGUCGAAAAGAUUAAAGUAUACAUGCAAACUUGGGAACCAUUUCGCGAUUUGUGGGAGGUGGACAAGUUGAAGUUCAUAGCAAGAUAUGAAAGGGAACACCCUAGCGCUCUUCUGUUCGAUUCCAAUAUAGGCCGCUACACUGAAAUGGCAAACAACGUUCAAAUCCAAGAGACCGUCUCUGCUGUACACUUCAUGCAAAUAAACUGCGCAGAACUGAAACGCGCUAUUGUCGAUCACUGUAUCGAAUGGCAGGAAAAAUUGUGCGAUCUCUUGUUUAAAAUGACCGAAGCGAAUCUUCGAGAACUUUAUGAUUACAUUAGGAUGAACAGCGAAGAUAUGAUUUUAAUGUUAUUAUCGUUUGCUCCCCUGAAAAUUUCCUUAUUCCCCUUCAUCCUUCAUCGUUCAGGGAAGGAACGUUUCAAAACGGAAUUACUGGAACAAGCCGAAGUUUCUAGAAAGGAGACUAGGGACUUACUGAACCAGUUCCUUAAGGAAGGACCUUUCACGUCUGAAUUCACGGCCACGGAAGCUAUGCGCUAUUUGAUCAAUAUGAGAAACCAACUUUUGGAAAUGAAACAAAGGGAUGACGUUUUGAGAAACGAUUUGGGAAUUUUCGGACUGAGUUUUCCGGAAUCCGUCGAUUUGUCCAGACUGGAAGGGGAAUUGACGGCACUUGAACUGAUUUGGCAGUUGGUUCACGAAUGGGAUCAAGCUUGGGAGAAAUAUAAAUCUGGUGAGUUUUGGACGAUAGAAACAACAGAAAUGGAAGAAACGGCCCAGACGUUGUUUAGGAAACUGACGAGACUCGCGAGAGAACUUAAGGAUAAAGGCUGGUCAAUCGUCGAAGACACCCGACAGAGAGUGGACGCAUUCAGACGUAUGCUUCCUCUACUGGGCGAUCUGAAAAACCCUGCAAUGCGAUCAAGACACUGGGACAAAGUCAGAGCGGCGGUGGAAGUCGAUUUUGACGAAAAUUCUACGGAUUUCAACUUGGAAGCUAUCUACGCCAUGGAGUUGCAUAAACACACCGAAGAAAUCAGCGAAAUUUCUAACGCAGCUACGAUGGAGCUGCAGAUCGAGAAAGGGCUCAAGGCCAUCGCAGAAAUUUGGAAGACUAUGAAAUUCGAGAUCAUCUCUUAUAAGGAGAGGUCCGUCUACAGGAUCAAGAACGUCGACGAUUGCUUCCAGGCGUUGGAGGAGAACAUGAUGCAGCUGUCGGUGAUGAAGAGUACUCGGUUCGUCGAACCAUUCACCGUAGAAGUGGACCACUGGGAGAGGACGUUGUCCUAUAUUAUGGAAACGCUAGAGAUGGCGCUGCAAGUGCAGAGGCAGUGGCUCUAUUUGGAGAAUAUAUUCUUCGGCGAAGACAUCCGUAAGCAGCUGCCCAAGGAAACGGAAGACUUCGACAACAUCACGGAUGAGUGGCGAGAAAUCACGACGCGAUUAUUUUUCGCCAAGUCCGCCCUUCUGGCCACUCACUAUAGGUCGCCUCCGUUUCUCUUCAACAGACUGAACCGGAUGAAUGAUAAGCUGGACAUAAUGCAAAGAGCCCUGGAAAGGUAUCUCGAGAAUAAGCGGCACAUCUUUCCAAGAUUUUACUUCAUAUCCAACGACGACAUGCUCGAAAUCCUCGGCAAUUCGAAGAAGCCGGAGGCGGUACAGACGCACCUGAAAAAGCUCUUCGAUAACCUGAACAAGAUGAAGAUUCAGAAGAACAUGGGCGUUAACAAACAGGAGGCGGCUGGAAUGUUCUCAGACGACGGCGAGUACAUGGAGUUCGUGCGUCCGUUUUACCUGGAGGGGCCGUCGGAGAUGUGGCUGUUGCAGCUGGAGGCGGCGAUGCAGUUGGUUCUUAGGACGGCAUUCAAGCCGUGCAGGGGCGAGCUCAAGAAGAUGCUCAACAAGCGCGACAAGUGGCUGAUGGCGAACUGCGGACAGUUGUGUAACGCAAAUUGCAGGGACACUAACGCUUUUGAGUGGUUUUCGCAGUUGAGAUUUUAUUGGGACAGGGAUACGGACGAUUGUGUCAUCAAACAAACAAAUACUUGCUUCAAAUAUGGUUACGAGUAUAAUGGGAAUUCAGGAAGACUCGUUAUAACACCAUUGACGGACAGAUGUUACAUAACCUUGACUACCGCCCUUCAUCUCUACAGAGGGGGAAGCCCCAAAGGACCUGCCGGAACGGGAAAAACCGAAACGGUUAAAGACCUCGGUAAAGCGAUGGGUAUGUGGGUGAUAGUGAACAAUUGUUCCGAGGGAUUGGACUACAAGAGUUUAGGGAAGUGUUUUUCUGGGCUGGCCCAAACGGGUGCUUGGGGGUGUUUUGAUGAAUUCAAUAGAAUCAACAUUGAAGUUUUGUCCGUCGUCGCUCAGCAGAUUUUGUGUAUCCUCUCCGCUAUCGCACAGAAGUUGAAGAGAUUCACUUUCGAAGGUUACGAGAUAAACUUGAGGUCAACUUGUGGUAUAUUCAUCACGAUGAAUCCAGGUUAUGCUGGCAGAACUGAAUUGCCAGAUAAUUUGAAGUCCAUGUUUCGCCCGAUUUCUAUGAUGGUGCCCGACAGUGGUAUCAUUGCUGAAAACGUUCUCUUCAGCGAUGGUUUUCAGAAUACUAAGUCGUUAGCUAAGAAGGUAUUCACACUCUACCGCCUAGCCGUCCAACAAUUGAGCAAACAGGACCACUACGACUUCGGGCUGAGGUCCAUGGUAGCGUUGUUACGAUACGCUGGAAGUAAGAGACGUCAGAUGCCGCACGUACCGGAAGAACAAGUCGUUUAUUUGGCCAUGCGAGACAUGAACAUCGCGAGACUAACUGCCAACGAUCUUCCUCUGUUCAAUGGGAUAAUGUCGGACAUUUUCCCCGGAGUAGUCAUUCCCAUAGUCGACUACAUCGACAUGAAUUUCGCGAUAACGGAGUACAUGGAGGAGAAUAAUUUACAGCCUAUCCCCAUCGCCCUGACAAAGAUCAUCCAACUGUACGAGACGAAGAAUUCCAGACAUUCGGUGAUGAUUCUAGGCAAGACUUGUACAGCGAAAUCUGUAACUUGGAAGGUGCUGCAAGGCGCAAUGGGCAAGUUGAAGCUGCUCAACAAACCGGGUUUCAACAACGUCCAGGUGUUUCCUCUGAAUCCCAAAGCUCUCAACUUGGCAGAGUUGUACGGAGAGUAUAACCUGAGUACCAACGAGUGGUUGGACGGGGUUAUCAGUGCGGUGAUGAGGCAGACUUGCUCAGAUGAAUCUCCUGAUCAGAAAUGGAUACUUUUCGACGGGCCAGUCGACGCGGUCUGGAUAGAGAACAUGAACAGCGUCAUGGACGACAACAAAGUCCUGACAUUGAUAAACAGUGACAGGAUAACGAUGCCGGAGCAGGUUUCCCUUCUGUUUGAAGUCGGCGACUUGGCUGUUGCCUCGCCGGCUACUGUCAGCAGGUGCGGGAUGGUGUACAAUGAUUACAAGGACUGGGGAUGGUCGCCCUAUGUUGAUUCAUGGGUCAAUAGCAAGAAAAAGUUCGGUGAAACGUUUACGAAAAAGAUGCUGAGUUUGUUCACUACUUAUUUAACGCCGAUAUUGGAAUUUAAACGACUCAAUUGCCAAGAGAAUCUCGAGUGUGCGGAGCUCAAUUUGGUUAUAUCCUUGUGUAAGCUGUUGGAUAUUUACGCUACGAAGCAAUACGGUCUAGAUCCUGCCAAGGAGGAGUUUGAAGACAUAGCCAAAAAUUGGUUUCUAUUCUGCUUGAUUUGGUCCGUAUGCUGUACCACCAACGAGGAAGGGAGAAAGAAAUUGGACGUUUUCAUAAGAGAAAAGGAAGGCGUUUUUCCGAUUAAAGACACUAUUUACGAAUAUUUUGUCGAUCAUCAAAAUAACUGCUUCGCUCCAUGGUCGGAGAAACUGCCGUAUGGUUGGAAAUACGAAGCUGGGAGCCCUUUUUAUAAAAUCACAGUCCCAACAGUUGAUACUGUUCGAUACGAGUUUCUUGUGGGUUCCCUCUUGGCCAACGGUUUUCCAGCGAUGUUAACUGGACCUGUGGGUACCGGUAAAACAUCAACGGCGCAAGCAGCUCUCUCGAGUCUCGACCCGGAAAAGUACACCAUCUUGAACAUCAACAUGUCGGCUCAGACUUCGUCUCAGAACGUUCAGGAUGCCGUUGAAAGCCGCGUGGAAAAACGUACCAAGGGUAGAUUCGCUCCUACCGGUGGAAAAACGAUGAUAGUUUUCAUGGAUGACUUGAAUAUGCCAGCGAAAGAGACGUACGGUUCUCAACCUCCGUUGGAAUUGCUGAGGUUAUGGAUUGAUUACGGUUUUUGGUUCGACAGGCAAAAACAGACGCGGAAAUAUAUACAGAGCAUGCAUAUUUUGGGCUCGAUGGGUCCACCUGGGGGCGGCAGAAACGUCAUCACGGAUCGCCUUUUGAGCAGAUUCAAUGUUAUAAACAUGACGUUUCCCGAAGACGAAACCAUAUCGAGAAUAUUCGGCACGAUGUUAAGUCAACACCUUGCUUCGAAUUUUCCCGAAGAUGUGAAAUUAGUGGGAAGGCAGAUAACUGACGCUACUAUUGAUCUGUAUAAAAACGUUAUAGUAAAGAUGCUGCCGACUCCCACGAAGAUACAUUACCUUUUCAAUUUGCGGGAUAUCUCCAAGAUAUUUCAAGGGAUGUUGAGGUGUCACCAAGAUUUUCAGAACGACAAGGGAACGCUGCUGAAGCUCUGGAUCCACGAGUGCUUCCGAGUGUUUUACGACAGGCUGAUUGAUGAAAGCGACCAAGAAUGGUUCAUCUCACAAAUGAACGACCAGCUCGGAAGGCAUUUCGAAGUGACCCUGCACAGUUUGUGCCCCAAAAACGAGAUACCAGUCUACGCAGACUUCGUGAACCCCUGGGGCAUAUACGAGGAGCACUCCGACAUCGCGGUCGUCAGGAAGUACUUAGACGAACAGAUGGACGAGUACAACGCCUCUCCCGGCGUAGUCAGGAUGGAUUUGGUACUGUUCAAGGACGCCAUCGAGCACAUCUGUCGCAUAGUCAGGGUCAUUUCGCAACCCAGAGGAAAUAUGCUCUUGGUCGGAAUAGGGGGUAGCGGCAGACAAUCCUUUUCGCGAGUCGCCGCCUAUAUUUGCGAGUACAAUUCCUACCAAAUAUCCGUGACGAAGAGCUACAGAGUUCCAGAAUUCAAAGAAGAUUUGAAAACGUUAUAUAGCCUGACAGGUGUUGACGGAAAAGCUACAGCUUUCAUCUUCAAUGAUACUCAGAUCACUGACGAAGGCUUUCUGGAGAUCGUGAACAACAUGCUGAGCAGCGGUGAAGUGGCCAACCUGUACAAACCGGACGAGUUCGAAGACAUCAAAAGCAGAUUGGAUUCGGAAGCGACGAAAGCCGGGAUCAUCCGCACUAACGAAGCGAUGAAUGAGUUCCUGAUAAGCCGCGUGAGGGCACGUUUGCACAUCGUCCUCUGCAUGAGUCCGAUCGGAGACGCUUUCAGGAAUCGGUUGAGGCAGUAUCCGGCUUUNAAAGAAGUAACGAAAAAGAGCGUGAAAAUUGGCGAAGAGGAAGUCCAAUGUAAAAAAAUGGCGGACAUUGCCCAAACCGAUUUAGAUGAAGCAAUGCCAGCUUUGGAAGAAGCUAUAAGGGCAUUGGACUCUCUUAGUAAGAAAGAUAUAAGCGAAAUGAAAUCUUAUACUACUCCCCCGCAAAAAGUCAAGAUGGUUAUGGAAGCUGUGAAUAUUUUGAAAGGGAUUGAACCUACUUGGGAAGCUGCUAAACGACUCUUGGGCGAGAUGAAUUUCCUCAGGGACCUCAAAGAAUUCGACAAGAAUCACAUAUCAGACAAAACUUUGAAAAAAAUCGCCGUUUAUACGAUGAGUGAAGAAUUUGUUCCAGACAAAGUAGGAAUGGUUUCGUUGGCUGCAAAAUCUCUGUGCCUCUGGGUUAUAGCCAUAGAGAAAUACGCCAAAGUUUGGAAAGUUGUGGGUCCGAAAAAAGCCAAGCUGGACGAGGCGUUAGAUUCCCUCAAAGAGAAACAGGCAAUGCUCGCCGAAGCUCAGGGCAAGCUCGCGGAAUUGAAUAUGACGCUGCAGAAGCUUCAGAAAGAGUAUGAGGAUAAACUCGAGCAGAAAGAGGAACUCAAUAAAAAGGCUGAGCUGCUGAAAUUGAAGUUGGAAAGAGCCGCCACGUUGGUGGAAUGUUUGUCCGGCGAAAGGGAGAGGUGGGGAGAAACUGUUACAGAGUUGGACAAAAAAUUCGACUUCUUACCCGGUGACUGUCUGUUGGCCACCGCUUUCUUGUGCUAUCUAGGGCCGUUCUUGUCCAGCUACAGAGAGGAGCUGAUACAUUUCUGGCAGAAAGAGAUUGUGAAAUGGGAAGUUAUAUAUUCGGUCGAUUUCAAUUUCAUCACUUUCCUCACCGAUCCCACUACGAUUAGGGAAUGGAAUAUACAGGGUCUCCCGGCCGACAGUUUCAGUACCGAAAACGGUAUCAUCGUUACUAAAGGUCAGCGGUGGCCGUUGGUGAUCGAUCCCCAGUGUCAGGCGCAGAAGUGGAUCAAAACUAUGGAGGCUGAUAACGAACUACAGGUAAUAGAUUUGAGAAUGACAGGAUACAUGAACAUCGUCGAAAAAGCAGUCCGAGAAGGAAAACCGGUUCUCUUGCAGAACAUUUCGGAAUCGAUCGACCCCUCCCUUGACCCGAUAUUGUCGAAAGCUGUGAUAAAGCAAGGAGGAGAACUCCUGAUCAAGCUGGAAGACAAAAUGGUGUCGUACCACGAGAAUUUCAGAUUCUUCAUCACCACGAAGAUGACGAACCCCCACUACCCGCCGGAAAUAUCCACCAGGACAACUCUGGUCAACUUCGCCGUGAAGGAGCAAGGCCUCGAAGCUCAGCUUCUGGGCAUCGUCGUCAGGAAGGAGAAGCCCCAGCUCGAGGAACAGAAGGAUCAGCUGGUGACUUCGAUCGCGAAAGGGAAGCGGACGCUUCAGGAUCUGGAGAACGAGCUACUGCGGUUGCUGAACGAGACCAGAGGAUCGCUGCUAGAAGACGCUGAGCUGUUCAACACUUUGCAGACGUCGAAGGCGACUUCGGAAACUGUCAAGGCCAGUUUGGCGAUAUCUGAGAAGACUGAGGUGCAGAUCGAUUCUGCCAGAGAAGGAUACAGACCUUCCGCUACACGAGCGUCUAUUUUAUUUUUCGUCCUGAACGAUAUGGGAAAAAUAGAUCCAAUGUAUCAGUUCGCCCUGGAUGCUUACAUCCUUCUGUUUAUCAGUUCCAUCACCAAGAGUCCCAAGUCACAGUUUUUAAACGAAAGGAUCAGUGCCCUCAAUGAAUACCACACCUAUGCCGUAUACAAGAACACGUGUCGAGCCCUGUUCGAGCAACACAAGUUGCUGUUCGCAUUCCACAUGUGUAUCAAAAUACUGAGCGCCCAGGGAAAAAUCGUCGCGGGAGAAUACAAUUUUCUGCUCAAAGGUGGCGUCGUCUUAGAUAGGACCAAUCAGAUAGAUAACCCCUGCCCGAAUUGGCUGACUGAGAUUGCAUGGGAUAACAUUACGGAGUUGGACAAACUAGCGGGAUUCCAUGGCGUCAUCGAUACUUUCGAACAGUACUCCAGAGAUUGGUACAAUUGGUAUAUUCAUACGGAGCCUGAGACUUUACCGCUAUUGGGUGAGUGGGAGGGAAUUUGCAACGAAUUCCAGAAGAUGUUGUUCAUCCGCUCCUUGCGCCAAGAUCGGGUAUCGUUUUCCAUUACGAAUUUUAUCGUGAAUCAGCUGGGACCGCAGUUUGUCGAACCGCCUGUUUUGGACAUAAAAGCCGUGCUCGAGGAAUCCGUACCACAAACUCCCCUGAUCUUUGUCUUAUCGCCAGGCGUCGAUCCCACAGCUAGCUUACUGCAGCUGGCGGAAACGGCCAAAAUGAAUGCCAGAUUCCAGUCUAUCAGCUUGGGUCAAGGCCAGGCGCCCAUAGCAACGAAGUUGAUUCAAACUGGUGCGAAGGAUGGACACUGGGUUUUCCUGGCAAAUUGUCACCUGUCCCUCAGCUGGAUGCCCAAACUGGAUAAGAUUGUCGAGCUGCUCCAAACAAGCAAAAUCAACAGCAAAUUUCGACUAUGGCUGAGUUCCAGCCCCCAUCCAGAGUUUCCCAUUUCCAUUCUUCAAGCCGGAAUCAAAAUGACCACAGAGCCCCCCAAAGGCUUGAGGGCUAACCUGAAGAGACUCUACCAACUGAUCACAGAGGACCAGUUCACGGCUUGCGAGCAUCCGGAAAAGUACAAGAAGUUGCUUUUCGGGCUGUGCUUCUUUCACGCCAUCCUCUUGGAGAGGAAGAAGUUCCAGCAACUAGGUUGGAAUGUCAUUUAUAGCUUUAACGACUCUGACUUUCAGGUAUCUGAAAACCUGCUGACGAUUUACAUCAACGAGUACACCACGACGCCGUGGGACGCCUUGAAAUAUCUGAUCGCCGGCGUCAGCUAUGGUGGGCAUGUGACUGAUGAUUGGGACAGGCGGCUGUUGACGACCUACAUAAACCAGUACUUCUGUGACGAUGCUCUGAACGUCCCUUACUUCAGGUUGUCGUCCCUGUCGACGUACUACAUCCCUCGCGACGGUUCGAUCCAAUCCUACCUGGACUACGUCACGCUGCUGCCGAACAUUGACAGGCCAGAGGCGUUUGGACAACACCCGAACGCCGACAUCACGUCUCUGAUAUCGGAAUCGCGGAUGCUGUUUGAGACGUUGAUGUCGCUGCAGGUGCAAAGCACCGCGAGCGCGGAGGAAUCAAAAGAGGAGAAGGUGACUGACUUGGCUUCCGACGUGCUGUCGAAGCUGCCUGCCACAAUCGACUACGAACAUACGGAGAAGCUGAUGGGGGCGUACAAAUCGCCGUUGGAUGUGGUGCUGUUGCAGGAGAUUCAGAGAUAUAAUUAUCUAUUGGUAUCAAUUCGUUCUUCUCUGGAAGAUCUACAAAAAGGAAUUGCUGGCCUCGUUGUCAUGUCAACGGAAUUGGAGGAAAUAUUCACUUGUAUCUAUGAAGGAAGAGUGCCAUCUGCUUGGUUGAAAGCAUAUCCAUCGCUGAAACUGUUGGGGUCCUGGACGAGAGACCUCGUAGCCAGAGUGGAACACUUUUCAGUGUGGGCGGCCAGCACCCGUCCUCCCAUGUUUUUCUGGUUGGCUGCGUAUACAUUUCCCACUGGCUUUUUAACGGCCGUACUACAAACAACUGCUCGUGCCAAUGAAGUUCCCAUCGACUCUCUGAGCUGGGAAUUCACCGUUAUGAACGUGGACGAAAAUCAGAUUCAGUUGGCUCCGGAGAACGGAGUCUACGUGAAGAGUACUUUUUUGGAAGGUGCCGGUUGGGAUAAGAAGAACGCUAUGCUGAUUGAGCCUCAACCGAUGCAGCUGGUCUGUCCAAUGCCUUUGAUACAUUUCAAACCAGUGGAGCAACUGAAGAAGAAAACGAAAGGGUUAUAUUCGUGUCCUUGCUACUAUUUUCCUAUAAGAACUGGCGCUGCAAAUCGUCCUGCGUUCGUGGUAGCUGUCGAUCUGAAGAGUGGUCUGGAAUCCGCUGAUUUUUGGAUCAAACGCGGCACAGCUUUGUUGUUAAGUUUGUCCCACUGAUUUUGUGCAUUUUUAUACUCGUUGUGCUUUCAUUUGUUGGCUUGUUUUGAUUUAUUCUGUAUAUAAGUGAGUAAAUAUAUUUAUUUAAUGUUUAAAA